UCAACGACCGCAGCCAUUUUCCCAAGCCUUUCUGCCCGUACUAAACGUUCCGCUGCCGGCACGCUAAAGAAACUUUCUACAACCUGCUCUGGUCGAUCGUCUUCAUCAAAUUUUCUAUCACUACCGUUCCCGCUUUACACAUUUAUUCCCGUUAUAACACGUCGGUUAUUACUGCACCUACCGAAAUCAACUAAUUACUGUUGCAAAGAUGUCGGACGAACAGCCAAAAGAACAAACCAACGGUACCAAUGACAACAAUGGCGUCGAGCAGACCAGUCCGGAGGAACAGGUCAAGGAAGACGACAGGAAGUUAUUUGUUGGAGGUUUGAGUUGGGAAACUACAGAAAAGGAACUAAAAGAACAUUUUGUUCAAUAUGGAGAAAUUACAAAUAUAAGCUUGAAGACCGAUCCGGCUACUGGACGUUCUAGAGGUUUUGCUUUUAUCAUAUUCAAAUCUGUUGACGGAUUGAAUAAUGCAUUUGCUGCCGGUGAUCAUGUUAUAAAUGGCAAGAAAAUUGAUCCUAAAAAAGCCAAAGCAAAACAAGAAAAAGUAUUUGUUGGUGGAUUACCAUCAGAUGUUACUAAUGAUGAAAUUAAAGAAUUUUUUGGAAAAUGGGGAGUAAUUGUUAAUUUAGAAGUUCCAUUUGAUAAAAUGAAAAAUCAACGUAAGGGUUAUUGUUUUAUUACUUAUGAGUCCAGUGAUAAAGUGCAAGAUUUGUUCAAAACUGCAAAACAAACAAUUAAAGGCAAAGAGGUUGAUGUGAAAAAAGCUGCACCUAAGCCUGCUAACCCAUAUGCUAAUCCAAAAGCAAUGAGAGGUAGAGGAGCAGCUCGUGGAGCAUAUGGGCCGUAUGCUGCACCAUACGGGACAUAUGGAGCAUACCCACCUCAAGGAUAUGAUUAUUAUGGAGGAGCAGCUUACCCUGGUUAUGAAGCUGAUUAUUAUGGUAGCUAUGGCUAUGCUGGAUAUGAUUAUGGAUAUGGUUAUGAAGCACCACCAGCUCCAGUUUCAGCUACUAGAGGACGAGCCGCGUUUAAUGGUGCUGGAAAAACAAGAGGAGCAUCUCGAGGAUCUGGUGCAAGACACGCUCCUUAUUAAAUAAUUACUACCAUUUGUCCCUAUUUUGUGUGUUUGUAUGUGUGUAUGUGUGUGUGUAUACACUCCUUAAAUGAUGAUAUCUUUUUUUUUUUUUUAUAUAAACAAAUCAUUUUUCUUGACGACAAUAAUGACUUGUGAAAAUAACGGAAUACCUUCUACUCCCCUAUUUAGUGGUUUAUGUUUAAUAACAUAUAAAAUAAAAUGUACAAAUAAAAAUUUUAAAACGUUUAGUUAAGCACAAA